AUGGGUGGUGCCGGUGUUCAGGUGGUGGGGACGCUCCAAGACUUGCCGUCCGACGAUUCUGGGAAACUCACUCAGGCUGACACGGCUAAAGUUGGGAGGGUAAAGCUGCAAGUAUACCAGGAAUACUUCAGAACCGUCGGCCUGACCCUCAUCAUGACCAUCCUCUUCCUGUGUGCCUUCCACCAGUCCGCCUCGUUAGCGUACAGCUACUGGCUAAGCCUGUGGGCCGACGACCUUCCCAUAAACGGCACCCAGGCCGACCACGUGCUCAGACUGAGCGUGUUCGGAGCGCUCGGCUUGACUCAAGGUAUGGCCAUGUUUGGGACGACUCUGGCCAUCGCUCUGGGCGGGAUCGUGGCGUCACGCCACCUUCACGCCGACCUGCUCCACAACGUGCUGCGCUCGCCAAUGUCCUUUUUCGAGGUGACGCCCAGCGGAAACCUCCUCAACCGCUUCUCCAAGGAGGUCGACGCCAUCGACUGCAUGAUUCCCGAAGGCCUGAAGAUGAUGCUGGGCUACUUGUUCAAGCUGCUGGAAGUCUGCAUCAUCGUCCUGGCGGCCACACCUUUCAGCGGGCUGGUGCUGCUCCCGCUCACCCUCCUCUACAUCUUCAUACAGAGUUUCUACGUGGCGGCGUCGUGUCAGCUUCGGCGACUGGAGGCGGUCAGUCGCUCGCCCAUUUACAGCCACUUCAACGAGACUGUGCAGGGCGUCUGCGUGAUUCGAGCGUUCGGCGAACAGCAACGCUUUGUGCAGCUGGCCGACCAUCGCAUCGACAAGAACCAAGAGGCUUAUUUUCCCAGAUUUGUGGCCACCAGAUGGUUGGCGGUGAACCUGGAGUUCCUGGGGAAUCUUCUGGUUCUGGCCGCUGCCGUCUUCUCGGUGCAAAGUCGGCAUGUGCUCAGUCCAGGCGUGGUGGGUUUGGCGGUGUCCCAUUCUCUCCAGGUGACAGGGAUUCUGAGCUGGAUUGUUCGAUCCUGGACUGACGUGGAGAACAACAUCGUGUCCGUGGAGAGAGUGAAGGAAUACGCCAACACGCCCAAAGAGGCAGCUUGGAUAAAGAAGAACAAUUAUCUCCAAGCAGACUGGCCGAACAAAGGAAACAUCCAGUUUGAGGACUACGGACUGCAGUAUCGUAAAGGUCUUGACUGGGCCUUGAAGGGAAUCUCCAUCCGCAUCCAAGACAAAGAGAAGGUGGGGAUCGUUGGAAGAACGGGAGCGGGGAAGUCGUCCCUCGCUUUGGGAAUUUUUCGUAUUCUGGAGGCUGCCAGCGGACGUAUUUUCAUUGAUGAAGUGGAUAUUUCCCAGAUUGGCCUUCAUGAGCUUCGCUCCAGGAUCACAAUCAUCCCUCAGGAUCCGGUGCUGUUCUCAGGAUCCCUCAGGAUGAACCUGGACCCGUUUGACGCGUGCUCGGACGAGGAGCUGUGGAGGGCUCUGGAGCUGGCUCACCUCAGCAGCUUUGUGUCCAGGCUGCCCGGCCAACUGAACCACCAAUGCUGCGAAGGAGGAGAGAAUCUCAGUCUUGGUCAGCGCCAGCUGUUGUGCCUAGCCAGAGCUCUGCUGAGAAAAACCAAAAUCCUGGUUCUGGAUGAAGCCACCGCAGCUGUGGACUUGGAGAUGGACCAACUGAUCCAGUUCACCAUCCGGACUCAGUUCAGUGACUGCACGGUCCUCACCAUUGCUCACCGCCUCAACACCAUCAUGGAUUAUACAAGGAUCAUGGUGAUGGACCAGGGAUCCAUCCUGGAGGUGGACUCUCCCUCACAGCUGCUCCAGCAGCGAGGACACUUCUAUGGCAUGUGUCAGCAGGCUGGACUGCUCUGACACACCACCAACAGUCCUGUAUCCUCUACAUCCAUCAUCUCAUGUAUCCUCUACAUCCAUCAUCUCAUGUAUCCUCUACAUCAAUCAUCUCAUGUAUCCUCUACAUCCAUCAUCUCACGUAUCCUCUACAUCCAUCAUCUCAUGUAUCCUCUACAUCAAUCAUCUCAUGUAUCCUCUACAUCAAUCAUCUCAUGUAUCCUCUACAUCAAUCAUCUCAUGUAUCCUCUACAUCUAUCAUCUCAUGUCCUGUAUCCUCUACAUCCAUCAUCUCAUGUAUCCUCUACAUCCAUCAUCUCAUGUAUCCUCUACAU